AUCCAUGAAAAGCGGGUGGGCUUGGCUCCAGCCCGACCGUCGAUCCAUUCGGACAAGCCUGUUCCGACUCUGCCAUGGUUUUGCGCCUUAAGUUCUAAACCUCUCUUUCUGCAAAUCUUCGCAUCGUCUUGCUUUCUCAAUUUCUUCAAACGACCGUUGUCAUCUCUCGAUUAGUUCGAAACGCCCGUUCUCUGUGAAAACCAUUCUAGGGCUCAUUGUCUUCUCAACGCUCUCUCCAAACGGUGUCGUUCCCUUGGUUUCCUUCUUUCAUAAAUUUCUUUGCAAGUGAAGCCCUUCUUCGUUGUUGAGUUUGAAAGAUCGAACAAUUUUAGUUGUCGUUGGCGGCUCUUUAUGUUUUCUGAGCUUUUAGGAAGCAACUUCCUAUCUUCGAAGAAUAGAAUUGUUUUGUUUUUCUGAGCGUGCAUUAGGGUUCCUUAACUAUAUAAGUUGCGGGGCUGAUGAAUAGCACAUUCAGUGAACAGCUACUUGCAGAAAGGCUUUCCAAGCUAAACAGCACCCAGCAGUGCAUAGAAACAUUGUCACACUGGUGUAUAUUUCACCGAAGUAAAGCAGAAGUGGUUGUUGCAACAUGGGAUAAACAGUUCCACACUUCAGAGAUGGUUCAGAAAGUUCCCCUUUUGUACCUAGCAAAUGACAUCCUACAGAACAGCAAGCGGAAUGGAAAUGAAUUUGUUACUGAAUUUUGGAAAGUUCUCCCAGCAGCACUCAAAGAUGUUGCUGGAAAAGGUGAUGAUCGUGGCAAGAAUGUCGUGUCUAGACUGGUAGCAAUAUGGGAGGAAAGGAGAGUAUUUGGAUCCCGUGCUCGGAGCCUAAAAAAUGCGAUGCUCAGUGAAGAUGUGCCUCCACCCUUAGAAUUAAGCAAAAAACGUUCACGUUCACGUUCUGUCAGAAUUGUAAAACGGGACUCACGCUCCAUUAGAACGAAGUUGUCCAUUGGAGGUACUGCUGAAAAAAUAGUUUCAGCAUUUCACUUGGUACUCGGUGAACUACCUAGUGAAGAGGUGGAGACGAGUAAUUGCAGGUCCGCUGUUCACCGUAUAAGAAAGAUGGAGAAAGAUGUUGGCAUAGCUUGUGCUACAUCAAAAGACGCAAAAAGAAAAACCAUGUCCAAAGAGCUUGAGGAGGAAGAAAAUCUUUUGAAACAGUGCAUUCAGAAGCUUAAAUCAGUUGAAGCAAGUAGAGCGGCACUUGUAUUUCAGCUAAAAGAAGCUCUACAUGAACAGGAAUGUGAAUUGGAGAAUGUUCGUACUCAGAUGCAGGUGGCAGGGGCACAGGUUGAGGAAACCAGCAAUAUGCGGGGAAGACUCAAUGACGAAGAUUGGGUGUCAAAACCAUCUAGUUUAGCCUCAUCACCAGUUGACAUUAAUAUGAAGGCAGGAGAAACGCCCGGGAGGACAGCUGCUUCCAUUGCAGCUGAGGUUGCAGAUAAGCUUACAGCUUCAAGCUCCUCACAAAUGAUUAUGCACUCUGUUCUUUCUACAUUUGCAGCUCAAGAAGCAAAGAAUGCUGGUUUAACAAAAGCCUCAACGGCAUCGAAUUCAGCCACAUCUACAUCCAUCAGUUCAGCUUCUGAUUCAGCAUCAAGGUCUGAAAAUUCCUUGCCUGUUUCAGAUCCCAAUGUUUUUUUGCCAGGAUCACACACUGGUCCCUCAAACCAUCCAUAUCAAUCAGUUUUUCCCCAACCAACCUUGCAAAACCAAACCUCAGCCCAGCAAGCUCAAUACCACAUACUUUCGACUCCACCUUCUCAACAGUACAUGCAGCCAUCUGCAGGGCUAAUGCCGCCUUUCGGGUAUACUAGCAUCCCACAUUUGCCUCCAGGACCACCUCCUCCACCUCAUAUGGUCAGCACAAUGAGGCCUUUGACCCUGCAGCAGCCAUUGUCAUUGGCUCAGCAGCCAAACCCAUUGUUUCAUCAACCCCCAGGACCUCCUAGUUUCCGGCCGCUUCAACCUCCUGGGGUCGUAUACUAUGGUCAUCCUUACCAUUCUUAAGUGAAAGGAAAUGAUGGAGUGGAAAGUUGUUUCUUUAGUUUGUAGAUGGCAUACCUUAAUGACCCAGUUUUCAGGCAGAAAAUUUUGUUGAAGUUUUAACCGUGCCAACUAGGUUUCUAAAAGCCUGUACGCGGCAUAUAGAAGUCUGACAAUAAUGUAACUAAUUUGCCUUAUGAGAGAAUGACUAAUAUUGCAGGUUGGAAUUAGCCACACUCCUUAAAUCAUCUGUGUCCGCGAUGAUUGGGGAUGUCACAAGAUGACCAAUGCCAUAAUCAACCUACUUUGGUAAAGGGAUAUUUAUUGUUCAAAAGAUA